AUGCUAUUCGCUUUGGUAUUCAUUGUGCUUUUAGCCGGUGUGCAGGCGAGCACUGGACUCUCGUGUGCCCAAUGCACGACCUAUGCGAAUCAAGUGAAAGCAUUCUGCGGUGGGAAUCUCAAGACAUUGACUCAAGCUUGCAUGAAAAAUUAUCUGAUGACAACUUGUAAGAAGAAUGGGAACUCAGUCGCUACUUGCACGAAUGCUUACAAUCAACUCUUACCGUUUUUCACCAAAACCGUCACACAAUCUCGAGCCGGGAAAUCGAUUUCAUUCAUGUGUCAUGGGAUUUAUCAAUGCACA